AUGAAACUUGAGGAAAUUAUUCCCCUUGUGGGCAAUUUCGGGCGCUACCAGUUCUUCGUGGUCUUAUACACUGGCUUGCUUGGUAUCGUCGGCUGCAUGGUCAGUUUUGGUCAUGUGUUUUUCGCAGCCGAAACCGACCACUGGUGCCAAGUUCUGCCCGCGAAGAACUGUUCCAGCUGGGUAGAGUUCCAAGACAAUUGUACGGACGUGAAGAAGUCCAUUCUCCUGCCGCCACCCGAGAACGAGAACAGCAAGUAUCCUCACUCCAACUGUGAGCAGUGGGAUCUACCACCUGGGUAUGAGUUUGAUCCCUACGAGCCACUUAGCAAAGGUGGAAAUUCUACCCACAGUACGGUGCCGUGUCAAGAUGGAUGGGAAUACGACACUUCAAACUACAAAACUACGAUCAUAUCUGAUUUUGACCUGGUCUGUGAGAAGAAAAGUCUCCCCAGCCUCGCUCAGUCUAUAUACUUCGUGGGAUUUUUAGUCGGAUCUUUCGUUUGCGGCUCCCUGUCUGACUGGAUGGGCCGCAAGAAAACCAUCUUUGUGGCCCUUCUGUUUUACUCGAUAGGCUCAAUCGUCACAACAUUCUCUGUGAAUAUCUACAUGUAUAUGGCCUUCCGUUUUAUGGCUGGCUUCGGCAACAUUGGUUCUUACAUCCCCCUCUUUGUGCUUGUGGUGGAAUUUGUCGGGAAGUCAUGGCGUACACCUGUUUCGAUGUCGGCUGCUAUAUUCUUUGCAUUUGGGUAUUUCUUCCUGGCAACUGCUGCUAUGUACGUGAAGGAAUGGCGGACUCUUUCCCUGAUCACCUCACUGUUAACGCUACCUUCUUUUGUUCCACUGAUAUUUAUGGAAGAGUCAGUGAGCUGGCUGGUUUCUAAAGGCAGGAUCGAAGAAGCAAAUGCGGUCAUCAGACGAGUUGCUAGAAUCAACGGAAGGACGCUCCCAGAUGACUUAUUCGAUAAAGAGGACGUCAAAGAAGAAGCGGAAUCUAAGGAAUCAAGUGUUCCACCGUCUGUCAUUGACCUCUUCAAAACACCCAACAUGGCUGUCAAGACCAUCAACAUGAUGUUCAAUUGGACCGUCAAUAGCCUGAUCUAUUACGGCCUAUCGCAGAGUACGGGCGAUCUAGGAGUGGAUGAAUACUGGGCUUUCUUCAUUUCCGGAGCCGUGGAGAUUCCGGCCUUGCUCUACGCUACCUUCGCUAUUGAAUGGUUCGGUCGCAAAUGGAACACUGCUAUACUAGAGAUGAUUGGCGGGGUGGCCUGCUUGGCAACUAUCUUCAUCCCUCUCGGGAUUUGGCGCACUGUGGUGUCUAUGAUAGGCAAGUUCUGUAUCUCAGCUACUUACGGAAUCAUAUACCUAUACACCACGGAAUUGUUCCCGACCCCGGUUAGGUCGAUUGGCUUGGGCAUGAGUUCACUGUCGGCCAGGGUCGGAGGUAUCCUGUCCCCCAUCAUUCUCCUGUUGGGAGACUACCUGGACAGUCUGCCCCUUAUCGUGUUCGGCUGCAGCGCGGUGUUGGCAGGAUUCCUGGUACUACUUCUGCCGGAGACUAAAGGAAAGAAACUCCCACAGACGCUGGAAGAAGGGGAAGAAAUUGGAAAAUGCCGAUGCAUGCGCAGUGACGCCGACAAAGCCGCCAUCGACGAAGUCAACGAAAUCGACGCGGACAAAGAGGGGGCCUUAGCUUUGUCCAACCCUGGCUUUGACUCUAUGGAGGAAGAGGCGAGGGAAUUGGAGGAGAUCAAGGGAAAAGAAUGAUUGAAACUGGACGACCAUUCAGCGUUGCAGUUAAUCAUACGAUAUUUUUGGUUGUGGGCGAAUGUGCUCUCAUUGAAGUCUUUUUCAGACAACCGAUCCUGGAGCUCUCAUUUUGGUUUUUAUUAGUGCCUGUUACAAGACGACAUUGUUACCCCAUAAUACGGGUGAUUCACAAUAGUGCGCCACCGAGAGUUUGCGACGCG